GACGUUUCGAAGCUCCUUAAAGAACAGCAGGUCAGCGUUGCGGCCGGGUUAGAACCCCCUCCGCAUGCUAAGACAAUAUACAAACUCGUCGGCGUCGUCCCGAAUAGCCGGCGGGCAAAGAGCCUGUUCCAUGCCAUAGAGUAUGAGCUUGGGUCGGUUUAUCGCCAAAUCGAUGCCGUCGAUGGGCAUGCUCCCAGUAGCCAUCGCUGUGGUCAAGGCAUGGAACCUGAACCCGCGCACCAUCCCACGCAAGCAUGGCCCCAAAAUACAGUAUGAUUACUUUUACAUCAGCGACCUGCGCAACAUCCCCGCGACGCACCAGCCGCUAAUAGCAGAUGCAACGGCAGGUGUGCGUCACCCCCGGUCCACACCACCGUCACCGGGAGGCGCCGGGGCGGCAGCAGCAGCAGCUGGGGCAGCAGGAACAGCUCGAGCGGCGGCAGCGGCGGCGGUGCAGACCCCUCCAGAGCCUGAAAUGACUCUCGCGGAGCAUGAGACUGCAAACCUGGCUGACAGUGUGGCGGCGCAGCAGGCAGCGCUGCGGCGGUCGGCAGGGCUGGGCGCGUACGCGGUGGCGGCAACGGCCGCGCCGCGCCAGUCGUUGUCGAUGGUACAGGCGCCCGCCAAGGGUCCUGCGGCCCUCGGCCUGGGCGGCAGCGGUGUGGGCGGCGGCGUGCAGCCCCAGGCCUCGGAGCCCGAGUCCGCCCUCACGCUGUACAUAGUGGUGGAGGUGACGCCGCGGGGGCAGGUGCGGGCGCUGCACCGCAGUGAUGCAGUGUACGACGUGGGGCCCGUCUACUCACAGGCGCGUGUGGGCUUCGAGGAGGGCGGGCUGCACGGCUUCCCCUGCCUGGACGAGGCGGUGGUCGCCGAGCCGCCGCAGCUCAUGGAGCGCAGUCGGCUGCCGUUGGCGGUGGCGGAGCUCAGGAGCUGGGAUGCGCACGCGGGAGGGCACGCAGCAGGAGCAGCAACCGCGGCCGCCGCAGCGCCACCACCGCCACCACCACCGGGCCGGCGGCUGGGGCUGCCGUUUGCUCGGGUGGCGCGGCUGCACGAGGUGCCGCCGGAGCUGUGCAUGGACAUGCCUGCCGUCAUGCUGUGGAGAGCGAGGGGGUGAACCCGUGCGACCCCAUGUGACACCAUGUGACCCCAGGUGGACGUACCGUAAUAGUGGAGGCCACGGUGCCCACGUGGACAUGUGGCCUUGCACGUGCUCCUUGGGCUCCUGUGGUAUCGUGUGGACGGAUGGACUCAAACACGCACACACGCGCAUGACGAACAUCCGGGGCGCGAUGCUUGCGUGCACAUUGUCGACCCAUCCCGUGGGGGUUUAUGACAGGCGCUAUCAGGAUGUGGUGCGGGGCGAGGGUCUUGCGGGCGGCACGACGGCAUGGGGGCGUGAAGUGGAUACCCUGGACGCCGCAAAGGCGUUGGUGUGAGGUGAGGGAAGUGACAAGGUACAAGUAUAUGGACACGAGAACCACACCUGUAACGAAUCAUCUGG